AUGCGGACACUAGAUCCGAUAGAGUACCCAUCUCCUGCCAAUCUUCAAUCCAAUCGCCUUUCCCUUCAUGUUAGUGAUGAUGGAACUUAUUGUUGGAUUUAUGUUUCUUCUGGCUGCCAUAUCUACAUAAUUCUGGUCUCUUUGGCAGAUUCUUUAGUAGAUAAAGGAAAGGAUAGCCUCCUUAUACCUGAACAAACUCAGGUUGUGGACUCUACUAUAGUGAAUCGCUACCCUCAUCGGUCGGAAAUUCAGAUGAUAGUAUUGAAUGAAACUGAGAGAUUGUCUAUUAACCUGAGGUCACAAGAAUUAUCAGAGCAGGGGCUCAUUAGUCUUAAAGAAUUGUGA